AUGCAGCGAGCUGAGAAUGAUUUUGCAACAGUUCUUGCUUACACUGAGUGUUGUCGCACUUUGGUUUAUGCGGAGGCAAUGACCCUUCUCGAGACCGGUGUCGGACACCAGUGGAAUGAGAACAAUAUCUACGUAGUCUGGCGUCGUUCGGGGCUUCUCAGCCUCAGGCUGUCCUCAGAAUUACGGGAUGGCUCGCCAAAGUUUGGGACCGGUGUAAUUUUGUUGUCUCUUUCCUUUGCGCAUGCACCGGUUGAUAAAGUUGUGCGGGUAGCCAUUUUCUCCAAACGCCUGCCGAAGAUAUUGUAUUUCGGCAACUUUGUCAUCUGGUUCAUUGCAAUGCAUCUCAACACGCAGAUAAAGCGUUUUCUACGCAACUCCGCCACAACAAUCUUUGAGGCAGCCGAGGACAGCAAGGAGUCCCAAUUGGUGGUCAUCUUUCUCCACAAACGUAAACUGCAUGUCCGGGGUGACGCUGUUGAGACGCCCUUUGAUUAUGAGCGCCCGAACGUCUUCGCUCACGACAAAGGUAUCAUCCACCUAUUGCGCCCAGUAUUUCGGUGGGUGAUGUUGGAAGACCAGCGACUCUAA